AUUGAAAGUCUCCAGGAUCAUCCAACAUUUGCCAUGUCCAUGAUUGGAAGUGAGGGUUUGACAGUGAUUCGGAAUGACCAGUUUGAUUUACAAGAUCAAGUGCCAGGUUGCUGCCUUAAAGCGUGCUCAAUACAUCAGGUAUAUGGAUGAAGUUAAAAGGAAAGAAACUGAAGACUUUAUUACACUGUUUGAAACAGAAUGGACUGAUGAGAUUUCAAGUAUAGCAAGGCAGAGUUCAUCGGAAGCCAAAUACAACAAACAGAACAUGCUGCCUUUGACAAGAGACCUAAUAAAGCUGAAGAAACACUUGGAUGACCAGAUUUCAAUUCUCCUGAAAAAGCUAGAAGGUGGAAAGGAAAUGGAAGGAGGAACAGUGCGGAAACUAGCAGAAAUUCUUCUUGCUAAGAUAAUCACUUUUAACAAGAGAAGGGGGGAAGAACCAGCCAAAAUGAUGAUCAAAUCCUUCGAAAAUCGCAUUCGGUCAUCGGAUAAAGGCAAUGCAGAGAUUGCAUUUUCUGCUUUUGAAAAAAAAAUAAUGACAAAAAUGCAGCUGGUUGAAGUUGUUGGGAAACAGAACAGGAAAGUACCAAUACUCCUUACUCCAAAUAUGGUCACAGCUCUGGAAAUAGUGAUAAAGUAACACAGAUCACCCAACAAUCCUUAUGUCUUUGAAAAGAAAGAGGACACACAUUUGCGAGGGUAUGACUGUGUAUCUAAGGCUUGUAGAGAGACAAACCUAGAACAACCACAUCUUGUGACAUCAACAGCACUUCAAAAGUAUAUGGCGACUGUGACACAGGUUAUGAGCAUGAAGGAAACAUAGUUGGAAAGAAGUAGCACGCCACAUGGGGCAUGAGUUAGCAGUGCAUCGAAAGUUCUAUAGACUGCCGGAGGAUGUGACAGAACUCGCUAAAGUCAGCAAGCUUUUGUUAGCAGUGGAAAACGGCUGUGCUAGCAGAUUCAAAGGGAAAUAUCUUGAUGAUAUUGACAUGCAUGAUCUCGACACACAAACUUACUCUCCCAUAAGUGAUCCUUCACUAGCCCAAACUCCAAAUUCUUCUGGGGAAAAUGAAAAUGAGUGUAUGGAUGAAGAAUGCUUAGAUCUUGACACACAAUCUUACUCUCCUGUAAGUGAUCCUUCACUCAUCCAAACUCAAACUUCUGCUGGGGAAAAUGAAAAUAAGCAUAUGGAUAAGGAAUGCCUAGAAAGACGACAAAAAGCAAUCAAAAGAAAACGGGUGAAGAGAAUGGCUGUUAUUGUUUCUGAUUCUGAAGAAGAAGCAGAGGAUGAAGUAGGACCAAAAAAGGUUCUCUGCAAAAGGAAAAGUACAACGAAAUGUGAUCUAGACAUUGAACAGUAUGAUUCUGAACAAUACAAUUCUGAUCGGGAUCCGGAAUUUAAAGUGCCACGUGAUGAAUCCACAGAUGUAGAUGAUUCUGAAUCAGAAAUGGAAACAUCUAGACCUAGUAAAUCAAAUCCACCUUUGAAAAAACAAAGAAUGCAAUGGAAACCAGAGCAACGCAGUGCAAUAGAAGAUUUGAUUUUGCCUGCUGUCAUAAAAAACAAGAAGCCACCAAGGAAGGAUUUAGUUCUGAAAACCCAAAAGCAGUCAAACUGUUUAAAAAAUGUCCAUUGGAAACAGAUCAAAUACAAUGCUUGUGCAAUGUUUCAACAGUAUAAGAAAAAACAAAAUGAAAUAACAGCAAAAUUACUGAAACAUUAGACACCAUCAUAUAUAUUAUAUAUAUGUGUUAAUAGAGGAGAACAGAAGUGCCGUUAUCUUCACCAGGUAGUUAUGACUUACAAAAUUGGACUUAGUAGAUAUUUAUAAACUCGACUUGUGAAAGCUUUGCUUUUGUGGUACGUCCAUUAAAGUUCAGAGUAUAAUGCAUCUGUCUAUCUGUUUAUCAGUUUUUUUAAUUAAGUCACUUGAUGAUACUUGCAUCAUGUACACAGCUGGGAGCUGAUUUUUUUUUUACCGCUGUGCAAUCAGAAGAUAUCUGUUUUCUACUUCACUUGCCUCACACCUCAUUUCAUAGGUAUUGAAAAGUAUACUUUGAUCUUUGACCUUGCAUAUGCUCUCAAGGUUAAAUUACAAAUAUAGUUUGACCUUUACAGCAUACUUCAAGAACAACAGAUCUAGAAUUCAGUGUCAAAUUUUGUACCUUAAUUUUCUCUGAUGAUUAGUUUAGCAUUGUGAAGCAAAUUUGGUUGGCUUAAACAAGAAGUCACCUUCACUGUCAAUGUCUGUUAGGACAACAAAUAUUGGAGAGAGGAAGAAAUACUUUAUUGUAGGACAUAUAUACUGUCGUCAGAUAGUUUAAAUUCAUUUAGAAAAAAAUGAACUCGAGGGUAUAUUGAUGAUUUAAAACAACUUAUUUUCGUGUCAUCAGCUUAGAUAAAACUACAACUUACAUUACCUCAGGUUCCAAAAUUGCCUUGCUAAUGGUUUUACAAUUGUUGCAUAAUAUGUUUCUGUUAUGUGAACAAACUUGUAAAUUGAUACUUUUCAUUUAGUUUAAGAUAAGGAUAAUAAUUCAUCCUGGAAAUUGUUCAUUCAUUUGUUAUAUAUACAGUUGUAUAUUAUUGGAUAAAGUCUCAGGUGACCUACUAACUGUUAAUGUGUGUCUGUCAUUCAAAAAAACAAUCUGCAUUUUCAGUUUCAUAAUAACGGUGAGGGCUAUUGGUGCUCAAAUGGGGGAAAAUAGGUACUUAUGAUGAACGUCUACCAAAAUUGCCUGGGAAGCUCUUGUUAUUCAAUGACAGGAUGUCUUAGAUAAACGUGUAUAUCAAUUCUUGAAACAUGUAAAUAUAUUUUCAAUUGGGGUGACUGUUUAGGAUCAUGGUCCUUUUGCUUUCAGAAACAAUUACAGUGUAAAAGGAACAUUGUACAAUCGGUUUUGAUUGAUAAUCUCUUAAUUAAGUGCAAAAUGUCUUCAUGUUUCAGGUCAAUUUCAUGUGAACAUUUUCAGGUCAAAUUGACAUCAAGACAUUUUGCCUGUGUAAUGUAUUAUAGUCAGUUCACACAGGUGUCUGUUUUGACAAGAGCAUUUGUCAAAUUAUAUAUUUCAUGUCAUUUUCUUCAAAGAAAAUAAAGA